GAAGGACGAAGGAGAGAGGGAGAGAGAGGAGAGAGACAGACAGACGGACCGGAGGCCCGGAGAACUGGAGGGGGUGUGACCAUGGGGAGGGCGGUGGGCGUCUGAGUGGGCCUCAGGGGCGCCCCGGCUCCCCACCCCCGCUCGCCCCCCCACCCCGGGCCCCUCUAGUCCAGCCCGCACCCCACCCGGAGGCAGGGGGUGCGGAUGGCGGACUCUUGCAGGAACCUGACCUACGUGCGGGACUCGGUAGGCCCAGCCACCAGCACCCUGAUGUUCGUGGCGGGCGUGGUGGGCAACGGGCUGGCACUGGGCAUCCUGGGGGCGCGGCGCCGGUCACGCCCCUCGGCCUUCGCAGUGCUGGUCACCGGGCUGGCGGUCACCGACCUGCUGGGCACUUGCUUCCUGAGCCCGGCCGUGUUCGUGGCCUACGCCCGCAACAGCUCGCUGCUGGGCCUGGCCCGGGGCCGGCCCGCCUUGUGCGACGCCUUCGCCUUCGCCAUGACCUUCUUCGGCCUGGCCUCCACGCUCAUCCUCUUUGCCAUGGCCGUGGAGCGCUGCCUGGCGCUCAGCCACCCCUACCUGUACGCCCAGCUGGACGGGCCGCGCUGCGCCCGCCUGGCCCUGCCUGCCAUCUACGCCUUCUGCACCCUCUUCUGCUCGCUGCCCCUGCUGGGCCUGGGCCAGCACCAGCAGUACUGCCCGGGCAGCUGGUGCUUCAUCCGCAUGCGCUCCGCCGAGCUGGCCGGCUGCGCCUUCUCGCUGGCCUACGCCAGCCUCGUGGCCCUGCUGGUGGCCGCCAUCGUCCUGUGCAACAGCUCCGUCACCCUGAGCCUCUGCCGCAUGUACCGCCAGCAGAGGCGCCACCAGGGUUCGCUGGUCCCCGGCCCCCGGGCAGGAGAGGACGAGGUGGACCAUCUGAUCCUGCUGGCCCUCAUGACGGGCAUCAUGGCCGUGUGCUCCCUGCCUCUCACGAUCCGAGGCUUCACGCAGGCCAUCUCCCCGGACAGCAGUGAGAUGGGGGACCUCCUUGCCUUCCGAUUCAACGCCUUCAACCCCAUCCUGGACCCCUGGGUCUUCAUCCUCUUCCGCAAGACUGUCUUCCAGAAGCUCCGGCUCUGGCUCUGCUGCCCGGGCCCCAGGCCUACCCUCGGUGACUCGCAGACCACCCUCUCCAGGCUUGCCUCGGGCAGGAAGGACUCAAGGCCUCCCACUGCUCUCGGGGGGACAGAGGGGAGCUGGGUACCUUUGUCAGUCUGGGGCGAGGGGCAGGGGGCACCGUUGCCCCAGGCACAGCGAUCGGUCAGCACUGUGGGAGCAUCAUCCAAGGUGGGGUCUGCAGCAGCCUGCUCCCUCUGCUGACAUCAGCUGCCCAUCAUCUCCUGUCCUGUCUUCUGGGUGCAGGAGCCAGAUGCUCAGGGGCAUGGAUGGUGGAGGACGAACGGAGAUGAGUCCCGGAGUCCUUGCCUGCCAGGAUCUUUACCCCCUGAAUGACGGGCCAGGGGGCGAUCAGCUGCUAUUUCCUUAUUUCUCCUCUUUCAGGAUGGCCAUGACAGGCUCUGGGAGAAGAGGGCGGGACAGAGGGAACGUUUAUCCUGGAUCCCAAAAAGAACGGUUCUCUCAAAAUAACCAGGGCCCCGGCUGGCCCAGUCUGGCCCUCGCUUGCCCAUCCAUCUCACUGUCUAAAUAUUUAGAAGGCAGACAAGUUCCCAGAAGCUUCUGUGCACUCAGGUCUGCUCUGGUCCGGGUUCUGGCUCUGACCCGCACUCAUUCAGGGUGCCUGGCUGCCUACCCCAAGCCCCCAGGGGACAGCCCUGACCUCUCCCAGGCCACUCCGAAAGUGGCCUCCUGGGAGCCAGAGAUUCUUGGACAAGCUCCCUGCCUCCCUUCACUCCUGAUUUCCCAUCAGACUUGGAAGCCCUGGCCCCCCAGGGGGAGGACGGAUGAAGGAGAGACUGCUACAUUGUAGGUGGCACUGCUGGACAUGUGCCGGGGAAUCUGCAUGGCUCGGUGGGCGGCAAGAUGUGGACCGUGGGGACCCAGGUGUGGGGGGAGAUGGAGUGGCCACGUCCAGGCCUCCCAAAGGCAUGGGAGUUACGGAUCCCAGGGACCACCUGGGAACACAGCCCUAAGUCCUGAGCCUGUCCCUGGAUGAGUAGCUGUCGCUUGCUUACAAAGCCUGACCUCAACCACCUAUGUUGUCCGAGCCCUCACAAAAAUUUCAUUCAUUUAUUCAACAGCUGGUAGGCACUGACUCUGCAGGUGCUGGAGACACAGACCAGUCUCUGCCCCACCCUCCUGAACUCCGCAGGGGUGAUUUCCAGCCUUGGGGACUCUGGGGGCCAUCCUCUGCCCUCAGAGAGGCCUAGGAUUAGCAGUGCUCUGAGAGUGAGCUGACUGGCAGGAAAGGAAGUGGUGUUUAGGGGAUACGAGAAAGCCCAUCCUCUCCACCCCCAGCCCUACCUAGUUCCCCUUCACACUUGCUCUAGGGUUAAAAGCACGGGAUCCAGUGUUAAAAGGGUAAAUGUACACCCUGGAACAGGGAGGGUAGGGAGGCCUCUGUAGAGAUGACAGCAGCUAACAUCAGUGAGUCCUCCGCCCUGCUCAUAUUGGAGACUUUCCACAGAAACUAAAAUCAAGGUUCAGAGAGGGUAAUCGCCAGCCCUCAGUCACACAGCAGUCUGUAGGUGAAGCUGAACGUUCUGUCUCCAGAAGCCUGCACACUUGUUUGGCUAGUGGCUUUGGCUCUUUGUGCCUUGGCUUCCAUUUGUGCAGAGUGGCAAUCACAAUCUAGAAUUCAGUUUAUAGGGUUGUGUGGGGUUAUUAACUGAUUCCCUCUGAUAAGCAGCUGAGUAGAGGGCCUGCCUGGAAUAAAUAUCACAAGAAAUGUUACUGUUACUGCCAUCCUGUCUUUGCUAUUGUUAUCUGUGGCUAACUGGGCGAAGGUGGGCUGGAGAAAAAAAAAGAAACAUUUUGCUACCUUGCUUUUUCAACCACUAUGAUCAAAUCAUAUUACAGCACAAGAGGGUGUCUGGGAGAGUCAAAAAUAGUCAAGAUGAUUGAGUUAGUUGGUACUGGUUUCCUUUUGGGGUAAUGCAAAUGUUCUGGAACUUGAUAGUGCUCAGUGUUGUAUCACAUUGUGGAUAUACUAAAUAUCUCUGAAUUAUACACGUUUAAAUGGUUAAUUUUAUGUUAUGGGUAUUUUGCCACAAUAAAAAAUAUGUAACCCUAAAAAAAUUU